UCGAUCGUGAGCCUUUAAAACCCUACUACUGGAACUGGAAGUACGCGCGCAACUCAUAUAUCGGCGCAGAUUUGUUCGUUUGCAUUCGCAUAGGGAGAGAUGGGUGCUCGAACCAGCAAAGCAGAAGCAAGCACGCCGCCGAUGAUUCAGGGUCGUCUCGUCUACCGCAAGACACCGCUGUCUAUCGGUUCGGAUGAUAGCUACGGCGACAUGCUGGUGCAGAUCCCAAAGAAGACCACCAUCCCAACCAACAAGUUCGAGACAAGCUAUACCACCUCGUACGACAAUCAGGAAACCAUGGUUAUAGGGUUUUACCAAGGUGAAAGGAAGAAGGCAAGUGCCAACCAACUUCUUGGUGCCCUAAAGUUCAAGGGCAUCCCUCCCGCUCCCAGGGGCGUUGCAAAGGUCAAGGUUUGCGGUUACAUCGACGCCAAGGGCAAUCUGAACGUGUCUGCCGAGGACAAGUCGACGGGCAGGAAGGAGACUGUGAGCAUACCGGGCGUCGGGGUCGAAGGAAAGCUUCUGUCGGCGGUGGAGGUGGAGAAGAUGGCUGGACAAGGAGAGAAGCACAAGUCGGAGGACGAGGAGCACUCGAAGAAGGUGAACGUCAUGAAAGCGAUGAAUGAUUACAUGGUCGUGGUAAGAGAGAACGCGGCGGCCGGAGCCUACUCUAGAAAAGUGGGCGUAGCAUUUAAGGAUGUGGCCGGAACGAUGUUGGAUGAGUUCACGGAGAAGUCAAAGGAGUUUGGACUGGAAGGUAACAAGAAGACGAAGCAUUGUGUAAAACCCUAGGGUUUCAACUAGUUUUUGGGACUGAUAGAUAAUAUUCUGUCUGUGUUUUGCUUUUUUGUUUUAUUUAUUCGAAUACUUUGCUGCUGUUUCUUUUCUAAGCUUGCUCCAGUAUGUUUCCAAGUUUCUUGUUAUUCGAUGGAUAUGAAUUGGUUUGCUUUCUCGUACAAUCGGUUAGGGUUUCUUUUGUUUAUAUCGAAUAAUAAUUUGUUGUUUCUUUUCUACGUUAGUUUAAUUUGCUCAGUAUGUUACAAAGUUUAUAAUUAUUCCUUGAUUUCAAAAUAUUGAUUUACCAUUAUCUUAGUUGUAAUUCUCAAUUAUUUAUUGCGACUGAUUCUCUCCUGGUGUUGGGAUUAAUUAUUCAAGUGAUCCAAUAAUGACGGUAGCUGUUUUAGUACCUCUAAUAUGUUCCGUACGAACUACUUAACGCUAGGAACUCUCGAAUAGAAACUCUUUUUAAUG